CCUCCUCCGCUGCGCCAAACGUGCAAUAAAAAGCACUUUGUGCGCGGUUUCGGUCUUCUCGUUCUACAGUCACUUCUGGGUGGCACUUAUUUUUUUUGACACUUCUUUUGUCGGCGCUGUUUACCACAAACUAAAAGAUGACUCAUCAGUUCCCAUCACUUUCUCCGGAGCAGAAGAAGGAGCUCUCGGAGAUUGCUCAGAGGAUUGUGGCACCCGGAAAAGGCAUCUUGGCUGCAGAUGAAUCAACAGGCACCAUGGGAAAGCGCCUUCAGAAAAUCAAUGUGGAGAACACGGAGGAGAACCGCCGCAUGUUCCGUGACAUCCUUUUCUCCUGUGAUGCCUCUAUAAGUGAAAGUGUGGGAGGGAUCAUUUUCUUCCACGAGACGCUCUACCAGAAAUCGAAUGAUGGCAAGCUUUUCCCUCAGCUCAUCAAGGAAAAGGGGAUUGUUGUUGGCAUUAAGGUGGACAAGGGCACAGCUGGUCUGAAUGGAACUGAUGGGGAGACCACCACACAAGGUCUUGAUGGCCUGUCGGAGCGUUGUGCCCAGUACAAGAAGGAUGGUUGUGACUUUGCCAAGUGGAGGUGUGUGCUUAAGAUCUCAGAUAAUUGUCCAUCUGCUCUCGCCAUCGCCGAGAAUGCAAACGUCCUUGCCAGAUAUGCCAGUAUCUGCCAGCAGAAUGGUCUUGUGCCCAUUGUGGAGCCAGAGAUUCUGCCCGAUGGAGACCAUGACCUGCAGCGUUGCCAGUAUGUCACAGAAAAGGUCCUGGCUGCCGUGUACAAAGCUCUGUCUGAUCACCAUGUGUACCUGGAGGGAACCCUGCUAAAACCUAACAUGGUCACUGCUGGACACUCCUGCACCAAGAAGUACACGCCUCAGGAAGUGGGCAUGGCUACAGUGACGGCCUUGAGACGCACUGUUCCUGCUGCUGUACCCGGCAUUUGCUUCCUGUCUGGAGGCCAAAGUGAGGAGGAAGCCUCCCUCAACCUGAAUGCAAUCAACCAGGUUCCACCCCAUCGCCCCUGGAAGUUGAGCUUCUCUUAUGGCCGUGCACUCCAGGCCUCUGCUCUUGCAGCCUGGCAAGGCAAAAAAGAAAACAAGAAAGCUGCACAAGAAGCUUUCUGCAAGAGAGCCAAGAUCAAUGGUCUUGCUGCAAAAGGCGAAUAUAAGCCCACUGGUGCAGCUGAUGAUGCCUCCAGUCAGUCUCUGUACACCGCCAGCUAUGUCUACUAAAUACUGUGAACAUUAAAAUACUGUGGACCAAAAAAAUGACGCAGCAGGUGCCUUUUAAUGUUUUAUCUUGUAACACAAAUGUUAAAUGACAGUUUACUUUUGGAAGACUGGAAAUAAAUGUAAUGAACAAAA